AUGGAUGCCGCGCAUGAUGUUCCCGUUUUAAUUAGUCCCGAAUUAAAAGCAGAAUCGGGUGAUCAUCAAGACGAAGGCAGAGAUAAAGCCAAAAAUGCCACAACAGAAGACGCCAGUUGCGAGGAAAGGCCCGGAGAUGAGUCUAAUGAGAGCAAGAAUGAUCAGCAAAAGACGGCAGCCGGGCCCAUGGACUUGGAAUCAGAGAUCCAUGACUUGAAAGCAAAGCUGGCCGAGCUAGUUACUAGCCAGGACCAAGUAAAGGAAAGAGACUACGAUGAUCCUUUCACGAUGCUCGCCGAGCACAAGUUUGACUUACAGCGUCGCCGCUACAGCGAAGACUCUUCCGACUCCGACUCCGACUCCGAUGACUAUACGCAAUUCGAUCACCGCAGAAGACGAAUGGAGCGUGUUCUUGUGCGAGAACUUAAAGACUUGAGGCGAGAAAAAGAGAUGAUCAAGGACAUUAGGUUGCUACGAAAAGAUCGCGAUACCCUCGUUGAGAAAGAGCGCGAAUGGAGAAGGAACGCCGUAAACUCGAAAGGGUUCGAAAGCAGCUAA